AAUUUUUAUGGGUCUCCAAUUCUCCAUUAUUCGAAGUUCCACAAUGGCGGAUCACCGCCAUUUUCCGGAAGAAAUACUGAUCGAGAUUCUCACAAGGCUCCCGGUUCUUCCUCAUCACCAGCUUCACUUUCGCCUCCGCCAUUCUCUGGAAGGUAAUUCUGCCAACACCCUCAUCCUCCUCAGGCGUUAUGAAAGUGAAUCAAAAAAGGAAAAAUACGAAAUCUGCAGUAGCCAUUCACUUUCCUGACCUCCUCUUCCGAACUCAGCCCCCAGGUUGCAUGUCGAGUCGGGUACUCACGUGUAGUUGGCUGUUACAACGGCGUCGUUUGCUCAUAUGACGAUUUGUAUAGCGAUUCACACGCUGUGACCCUGUGGAACCCUAGUAUUCGGAAGCAUUUGAUCUUACCGCCUCCUACCAUCAAAUUAGGGCGCCCGUUUAAGUCUGUAUUGGGAUUUGGUGUGGACCCCAAGUGUGCUUAUGAUCUGAAAGUCGUGAGAGUUUCGUAUGUAAGAAAUGGUGACUUUUUGGAUCUGUGUGACCUCCCGCCGGAGGCUGAGGUUUAUUCUCUAAGCACAGGGGAGUGGAGAAGGAGCGAUUUCAUUUAGUCUCAACUCUCAAACAUUCGUCUGUGGGGGCAUUCAUUGGAUUGGGUGCAAAUCAUUGGAUAAUGAAAGCUUUGAGUGCUCUGUAGCAGUUUUCUCCAUGGCUGAUGAGUUGUUUGGUGAGAUUAUGCUUCCAGAUGAAUUGUCCCAGGAACGUGCAGCAAAUUUAUAUAUUAUGGCAUUGGAUGAGUCUGUUGCUGUUGUUAAGUAUGAUAGAGAGAUCCAUGGAGGUUCUUGUAUACUGUGGGUAAUGAAAGAGUAUGGGGUUGUGGAAUCUUGGAGUAGGCUACAUUCUAUUGAAUUGGUCGAAGUGAUGGAAAGAAUCGUUGGCUUUAGGAAAAAUGGUGACAUUUUAUUCUCCACGAACAAGAGUGAGCUCGUUUCAUACUGUCCAAACACUUGAGUAGUAAAUAAACUUGGAAUUUUUGGAACUAGCCGCUCACUUUAUGUUGGUAAUUACUUAGAAACUCUUCUUCUGCUUCAAGACCAUAGCUGCAUUGUGGAAGGCCUAGCUAAAGAAAUAAAAAGUAUGUUAAUUUGAAGAGAAGAUAGAGUGUGGUGAUUCCUUUUGAGGGUUAGUAUGUAUAUGUGUGUCAAGCUGAAGAUAGUCUAAUAGGAUCUGGAUCUGCUUCAUCAAGAGUUCAACUUCGUUUUGAAAUAGAAAAUGCUGCUACAUUUGUAUGGAAGUUCAGAUUGGAUCUGCCAAAGACAACAAAAUGUGAUCUUUCUUAUUGUCUUUGAAAUUAAGAGCUCGUUUGGUAACUUUUAUUUUUGGUUGAAAAGACUUAUCAACCAUUUUUUACCACAUUUAUACAUGGUAAUUUUGAUUUCGCACGCUAAAUUGUACAAUAUUCAAAAUAAGUAAGGUUACAUUUACUUUUUAUGUUGAAUUGACACAGAGGAUUAUAUUAGCUAUUUUUCAUAUAAUCUUUUCUAUAUUUUACUCCGUAUUCAUAUACUAUAUUUUAAUUUUUUUCACAAUUCAACAUAUUUAGCCAGUUCGGCUACUUCAAUCAGAGUUUCAUCGAUUUCAUCACUUUUCAGCCGAUUCAACCAAUUCUAGUGUUACCAAACGGGAUCUAAGACUAUUUUAGUGCAACAUUUGUUAAUAUUAGUUGUUGAAUUGCUUUCUUGUAACACUUUAUCAUUAUAUUUCAGAGUAUAUCAUUUGGAAUGGGAGUGCAGGAUUCAACAAUUUUCUACCCUAAUUAUGACCAAAAUAUUUGUUUAUAUUCUCAUAUGAUGAUGAGUAUGUGCAUGACUGCAUGUCUCCAUGUAUAUACAUACAUGCUUGUGUGCCUACUUAUAUAUUAU